AUGGAUGAUAAUAUUGAUAAACGCUUAGUCCUUAAAACCAUAGCCACCAUGUUUUUGUUCAUCUUAACCAAUUUGCCACAGUCCCAUUCUCAAGAAGAAGACACCAAAUACACCAAUUGUAGCAGGCUGCCAUACAACUGUGGAUACAUGUCCAACAUCUUCUACCCUUUUUGGGGACACAACAGACCCCAAUAUUGUGGCGGCGGCGACCAAUUAGGUUUCAAACUUGAGUGUCAGAAUGAUAGUACCACCAUUCUAAAUGGCUUACAAAAUUUCCAAGUUUUGCAUAUCGACACAACAGCUUACACCAUUACAAUGAAGCAAAGGGUCGAUGAUGUUUGUUCUCGGCAACUUAACGACACUUACUUGGACCUGGACCCCACCCUCUUCGCGUACCAUGGAACUGUGUACAACAUCACCAUUUUCUACAACUGUUCCUCUUCUUCAGAUUCCUCUGCAGUAGAUAGAUACAACUUCACGUGCGGAAAUAAUGAGAAUGGUACCUAUCGUGUGGGUGAUAAAGAUGACGUGUUGAAAGAAUUCCCAGAGCUUCAGAAUUGCAAACGAUAUAUCCAAGUGCCGAUUGAGGUUCCUCUGGAUCCUUAUGGCGAUAGAUUUGAUGCUCUGAAUAAGGCUUUGGAUGGUGGGUUUGAGGUGAACUAUACUGUUCCACACGAUCACGAAUGCAUACCAUGUUUGGAUAGUAAAGGAGCUUGUGGAGUCAAUUUAACUUCUCAUCAAUUUACCUGUUAUUGCCAACAUGGAUCUGAUGCUAUUCAUUGCUAUGGUGGAGUUUCUAAUAGUAUUAUUGGCGGAGUGAUAGCAGGAUUGUUGAUAUGUAUCACUAUUUUUUAUUUCAGAUGCAAGUCAUCAACAUGGAAUGAAAAAUUUUGUUUGACCACAAAAAGUAACCAAGAUAUUGAAGCAUUCUUAAAAAAUCAUGGAGCCCUAACUUUAAAAAGAUACAAAUUCUCAAAUGUCAAGAAAAUGACCAACUCCUUCAAACAUAAACUAGGACAAGGUGGUUUUGGUUCUGUAUACAAAGGACAUCUAUUUAGUGGUUGCCCUGUGGCUGUAAAGAUAUUGAGGUCAUCCAAAGGAAACAAUGAAGACUUCAUCAAUGAGGUUGCCAGUAUCAGUAAAACUUCUCACGUCAAUGUUGUCACCCUUCUUGGAUUUUGUUUGGAAGGCCGCAAGAAAGCUCUCAUCUAUGAGUUUAUGUCCAAUGGUUCCCUUGAAAAGUUUAUUUACAAAGAGGGACACGAAACCGUUGCAUCUUUAAGCUGGGAGAAUUUGUAUCAAAUUGCCAUAGGAAUUGCUCGAGGGUUGGAGUACUUGCAUAGGGGAUGCAAUACUAGAAUUUUGCAUUUUGACAUAAAACCACAUAAUAUCCUCUUGGAUGAGAAUUUCUGCCCCAAGAUAUCAGAUUUUGGGCUAGCAAAGCUCUGUCCCAUGAGAGAGAGCAUAAUUUCCAUGUCAGAAGCUAGAGGGACAAUUGGGUAUGGAGCUCCAGAAAUGUGGAAUAGACAUUUUGGAGGUGUUUCUCAUAAGUCUGAUGUUUACAGCUAUGGAAUGAUGUUGCUAGAAAUGGUGGGAGGGAGGAAGAACAUUCAUGCUGAAACCAGUCACACUAGUGAGUUAUACUUCCCACAUUGGGUAUACAACAGGCUUGAGCAAGGCAGUGAUUUGAGACCAGAUGAGGUGAUUACCACAGAAGAAAAUGAGAUAACAAAGAGAUUGACCGUGGUUGGUUUAUGGUGCACUCAAACGUUUCCAAAUGAUAGACCUACAAUUAGUAGAGUGAUAGAUAUGUUGGAAGGCAGCAUGAAUUCCCUGGAAAUUCCCCCAAAACCUAUGCUUUCCUCUCCUACUAGAUUAGUAUCUGAAUCCUUCACCUAUUGA